CCCCCCCCCCUCUCUCUCUCUCUCUCUCUCUCUCUCUCUCUCUCUCUACUGUGCGCUGCUCUGGACAGAGUCACAGAGGUUGUCGACUUCUUGGGCAGCUAGCUAGCGAUGCAGCGGCGGGGGGAGUUCAGCUUCCCGGGCUCGCCGGCGCGGGGGCUGCCGCCGCGGGCGCCGCCGCCACCGGGGACCGCGACGGCGCCGCGGUACGGGGAGGAGGAGGAGGAGGUCCGGUGGCUUCAGGCGUCGCGGCAGGCCUCGCCAGACUACAGCUCCGGCGGCGGGUCGAGCACGCCGUCGCCGCGGCUGUGGGCGGUGUACCAGCCCGACCCCCUCCACCGGCUGUUCCCGGCCUCCGCGGGGAGCUCGCCGUCGCGGGCGCAGGCCAUCGCGGGGUACCGCCGCGAGAUGCUCGACCUCGUCCGCGGCCUCCCCGAGUCCGCCUACGAGCUCUCGCUCCGCGACAUCGUCGAGCACCGGGCGUCCUCCUCCUCCUCGCCGCCGCCCCCGCCUCCCGAACCCCUGCCGCAGCCGCCGAGCGCCGCCGCCCGGCCGAGCCACGCCGACGCCGCCGCGCAGGUGAGCGGCGAGCCCGCCGGCACCAAGAACGACGCCGCCGCGGACGGCGAGAAGCAGAGCGGCUCCGGCAAGAAGCAGGGGAAGAAGCAGAGGACGGCGCGGAAGCAGAGGAGCCGGAACCUGGAGCGGAGCGUCAGCCUCGACACCGGCCUGCUCAUCAAGUUCUUCCUCCCGCUCUCCAUCGGCGGCAAGAAGAAGGUCUCGCCCCGGCCGGACGCCGCUAAGGACGGCAAGAAGAAGGACAAGGAGAAGAAGAAGCAGGGGGGCAAGAAGAAGAAGCAGCAGCCGGAGACGGCGCCGGCGCCGGCGCAGGAGGAGGAGUGGUGGAUCAAGAGCGAGUUCAGCGAGGCCGGCGGCAGCAGCAGCCGGACGAGCAGCACCGGCAGCAGCAACAGCAACACCGGCAGCAUCAGGAAUGGGCACGUCAAUGGCAGCGUCAAUCCAAGAGCUCCGGCAAGGAGCUUGAGCAGAAAGCGAACUGGGUGCUAUGCUUUCUUCAGGGCAAACAAGAGCAAAAAUGGAGUAGGCCAAGACUAGAAUGAUGACAAGGCCACCAUGAGAACGAAAAUGAGUCUCUAUGCUGAGCCAUUCAUGGAAACCAUCAGCAUUGUCACGCAGCUCAAGGCAACAAAUCUCCACACCUGAACUGAUCCAAAGGUCAUGCAAUGGCUGAUUUUGUACACUGAUAGUGGCAUCUUGGCAUUGUCAGCCUUUUCCUUUGUCUAUGGCAUGUGAUCUCCAUGUUGUAAACAAAAGGACAUAAUUUAGGGUCCAAUAGUAUGACUGGUUCACACACAGAUCACAUAGAUGGAUGUGGGACACAUCAUAGUGGCACCAUUGUAUACUCGCGCAAUCUUCUGUGUUUUCUUGACGCGGUCACAUCUCUCUGUUGUACUAUCUUCUAUUUGUACAUGUCCUAUGGCACCUUUGGCUUCAGAGACUAAUGUACACUUUUUUUAGUACUUGUGAAUAGAAAACAGAGGUUACGGAUGGUGAUA